GCUGUGAUACGUGGCGUUGUUAGGUAACUACACGUGUUUGCGAUUUACGAAGUGCAAACAAAAUUUAAACUUGUAGUAACACUGAGUGACUGUCAAAUGUCCUUAUAAAGUAUAACUUAUAAGUAAUAAAGAAAACUGAAAAGUAACUCAACUUGAUAAUUGUUUUAGCCAGCUACGGCGUUAUUAGCGUUUCAUAAAUGCAAUAGACUUCAGUUCAGACGGCAAGUAUUGAAAAGAAUCGAUAUAAUCAUAAUGUUAACAUUAUUAUAAAUGAGAAAAACAUAUAAGCAACACAAGAAAACAUAAUUUGUUGACCUACAUAAAAAGAAAAGAAAUGAAAUGUGAAAGAGAUGUGAAGUUUUUCCAUUUAUGGAUGGUCUUAGGGAUUAUAAUAACAUUUAAUGUAAAAAACAUUCUUGGAAUUGAUGACACAUCAAAAUCCAAUAAAGCAGUAGUUCUUAUAGACACCAAGCAAGAAAGUUAUGAUACUGAUAACGAGGUGAAAAUUGAGGAAGAGAGCAGUGCUGAGCCAUUUAUUCCUACUAAAGACUGGCAGAAAAUUAAACCAGGACAGGCUAUUCCCCCAGGACUUCAUGUAAGAAUGAAUUUACAAACAGGAUUAAAAGAAGCAAAACUGUUAGAUAAGGAAAUGGACAAAGAUUCAAUUGAAUCAAAUCCUCUGAUUAUUGCUGAUGAAGAGACUAAAAGCUGGGAUGUUGGUAGUGACCAGAAAAGAGGAUUUUCUCAUAAAGAACUUAAAGAAGCUUUAAAGUCAUUCAAAGCCGAAGAAUAUCAUCAAGAUUCUGGUCAGAAUGCUGAAACCAUAAGGGCCAAAUUUCGAAGUAUUGAGGACUUAAAGGAGGAGUUUGCUGCUUUAAAUAUAAACAUUAAAUCUGAUACAGAAAUAUUAAUUGAGCUCCUGGGUCGAUACAAGAAGGCAGACAAUACAGAGAAACUAGACAUUCUUCAAGACCUGGAAUACCUCGUGCAUCAGUAUGAUGUUGCUCAGGAUUUCAUUAAGCUUGGUGGCCUGCAGUUGGUGUCACCUGACUUGAACAUAACCGACGAAAAAGUGCGAGAAUUAGUAGCCUUUACUAUUGGCUCAGCCAUGCAAGGGAAUCCAAAAGUUCAGAUAUCAGUCCUCCAGAGCAACAUAAUGCAGAAUUUACUACGAUUGAUCGUAUUAGACCCAUCACCCAAUGUGAAAGCACGUUCAUUCUAUGCAAUUUCAUGUUUGGUGCGUCAUUUUCCUCUUGCUCAACAGUGGUUGGUUGAAAAUGGUGGACUUUCGGCCUUCUCUGAUGUUUUUAACCAUGGUGACCCUCAACACCAGAAGCUUCAGUUAAAAGUGGUCACCUUGCUGUACGAUUUAGUUACUGAACAGAAAUUGACUGAAAAGCAUGCAAAGAAAGAUGCAGUGAAGGAGAAACUUCGUCAGUAUAAAAAGUUUCACCUCCAGGAAGCAUUAGUUGAACAAGGAUUCUGUCUGCACAUUCCUAAACUUUUGCUAUCACCAGAUUAUGACACUCAAGAAAAGGUUAUCCGAGCCAUGCUAGUAAUGGUUGAUCUGUGUAAAGAGUCUUUUCAAAGCAGUCUUGGAAAGUUGAAAGAUUUAGAACUAUGGUAUAAAUCUGUAGCACAGAAUGAAGGAGAAACGGAUACUAGAACGAGACCCGAGUCUCUGGAAGAGAGUGAACAGUAUUUUACAUUACUCUAUGAAUUUGUGCACGAUCUUAUAAAUCUAGUAGAGCAAAAAUCCAAAGAUGAAUUGUAAAAGAAUAAUAUGAAAAUUAUUAACUUAAUUAAUAUCUGUAUCAGCAUUGUUUGGCACCAGCUGUUGAUUCUAAUUAGUCAAGUACUGUGGCAUGGUGGUAAUAGAAUGUUGGUUUGUUGUAAGUAAGCGUUACAUUUCCAUCUAAUCUAAGAUAUUCUCUGAAAAUAAAUAUCUGCGACAAGAUGACGAUUA